AGACAAUUAAAAUCAUCGACUCAAAGUCCCCUCCCUUUCCCCUGGCGAUCAUGAGAGAAGCGGAGACGCCGUACAAUAUAUAGGCUGACAUUGGAGCGGGAUAGUUGGUCUAACCGACAUCUUUACAGUGAAGGCACUGCUACUUUCCUGUGGAUAUCGUUCAACGCUUGUUUUUUUCCCAUCAUAACUAUCAUUGUUUGGAUUAUUUCGACCAUUCAGGGCAUAUUUCGUAUUUUCUUCUACAAUGGAGUUUGGAAUACGGUGCGUAAAAUGGCGUUUUGGCUGCGGACAAUUGCAUCUCCUGGUCCUCGUUUUUUAUUUCAGUAGUAUGGUCAGCGGAAACAUCCGAUAUUCAAUCCCAGAGGAGAUGAAGAAAGGCUCCCUCAUCGGUAAUGUUGCACAGGAUCUUGGUUUGGAUACGAAAAGGCUUCGUUCUGGUCGGGCCCGUAUCAUAACCGGAGAAAACAUCCAGUACACCGAGCUGAAGACAGACAAAGGGAUUUUAGUGGUUAAUGAGAGAAUAGACCGAGAGCAGCUUUGUGGAGACGUAACGCCGUGUAGUUUCAGCUUUGAGGUGAUUUUAGAAAACCCUAUGGAGCUGCAUCAAAUUACUAUUGAAGUAACAGACAUUAAUGAUCACUCGCCCACAUUUGAAAUAAAUAGCAAUAGUUUCGAAAUUAGCGAAUCGGCAAACGUUGGCUCUCGUUUUUCACUUUCGAGUGCCGAUGAUCCAGAUGUAGGUGUUAAUGGACUCAGGGAAUAUUUUUUAACCGAUAAUGAUAAUUUCGUAUUAAAACAAAGUUCUAAUGGUGAAGGAAAGAAAUAUGCUGAGAUGGUGCUUCAGAAAUUAUUAGACAGAGAGACAAAUCCUCACCUAACUAUAAAGCUCGUAGCAGUAGACGGAGGAAAUCCUCAGAGAUCUGGCACAGUAAAUAUAGAUGUUACUGUUCUAGAUAUCAAUGAUAAUGCACCUGUAUUUAAUCAGUCUGUUUACAAAGCUACUGUCAUUGAAAAUUCACCCAAAGGUACCUACGUGACAACUGUUAAUGCGACUGACGCUGAUUCUGGCUCAAACAGUCUAAUAACAUAUCAUUUUUCGGAUCCCAGGAGUGGUUUUGGUAAUUUAUUUACAGUCGAUGAAAAAACUGGCAUAAUAUCAACAACGGGUUCGAUUGAUUAUGAAAAGGACAAGAAAUACGAAUUUAGAAUCGAUGCAAAAGACCAAGGAGGUUUGACAGAUGCCGGUAAAGUGAUAAUCGAAGUAAGUGAUGUGAAUGACAACGCCCCUACUAUUGGUGUGAUGUCAUUCACUAGUCCUGUGUCAGAGGAUUCUCCUCCUGGUACAACUAUUGGCAUCAUAAAUGUAAAAGAUCUCGAUUCAGGUGAUAACGGACAAGUAACAUGUAGAAUAGAAGGAAACGCACCUUUUAAAAUCAAAUCUAAUGUAAGAAAUUACUACACGUUAGUAACAGACACUGUAUUAGAUCGUGAAAGUGUGUCAGAUUAUAACAUCACUGUUGUUGCGACAGAUGCAGGAAUUCCUCCUCUGUCAACAAAAAGAACCUUUCAUUUAAAGGUCUCUGAUGUGAAUGAUAAUGCUCCUGUGUUUUCACAAGGUGUUUACGAUGCGUUUAUAGCAGAGAAUAAUUCUCCUGGUGUUUCUGUUCUGAAGCUCGUGGCUAAAGAUCCUGAUGAAAACCAAAACGCUCGCAUUUCUUAUAUUCUGGAGGAUGGUAAUAUCGGUGGUUCUCUAGUUUCUAAUUAUGUUUCUGUAAAUGCAGAAAAUGGGGUGAUACAUGCAGUUCGUACGUUUGAUUAUGAGCAAAUUAAAGAUCUGGUUUUCGUCGUCAAAGCUCAGGAUGGAGGUUCUCCUCCACUCAGUAGUAAUGUGACUGUGAAGAUACUAAUCCAGGACCAGAACGACAACCCCCCUCAGGUUUUGUAUCCAGUCCAGACUGGUGGCUCUGUGGUGGGUGAGAUGGUGCCUCGUUCAGCAGAUGUGGGCUAUCUGGUCUCUAAAGUGGUGGCUGUUGAUGUGGACUCUGGACAGAAUGCCUGGCUCUCCUAUAAACUCCAGAAAGCCACAGACAGGGCGCUGUUUGAAGUGGGCUUACAGAAUGGAGAAAUAAGAACUAUCCGCCAAGUGACUGAUAAAGAUCCCGUGAAUCAAAAACUGAUUGUCAUAGUGGAGGACAACGGACAGCCCUCUCGUUCAGCUACAGUCAUUGUUAAUGUGGCGGUGGCGGACAGCUUCUCUGAAGUGCUCUCAGAGUUCACUGACUUUAAACAGGACAAGGAGUACAAUGACAACCUGACUUUUUACUUAGUGUUGGCUCUGGCUGUAGUUUCCUUCCUCUUUAUCACGUGUUUAGUGGUUAUUAUCUCAGUGAAAAUUUACAGAUGGAGACAGUCUCGUGUCCUGUAUCACUCCAAUCUCCCUGUGAUUCCAUAUUAUCCACCACGUUACUCAGACACUUUGGGGGGGACAGGGACUCUCCAACAUGUGUACAAUUACGAGGUGUGCAGGACGACUGACUCCAGAAAGAGUGACUGUAUGUUCGGCAGAGCUGGUAGUCAGAACGUGCUGGUAAUGGACCCCAAUCCUACAGCGACGAUGCAGCGGAUACAGAGUGAAAAGAGCAUCCUGGAUGAACCAGACUCUCCUCUAGAGGUUAGUUAA